UGUCAGAAUCAUUAUCAAUCACACAAGCAGUUCUAGUUUUUUACAUAUUAUCUUGUUCUAAACUAAACUAACACGAAUUUUAUCAGUGUUUGGUUUUAGCGAAAUAAUAGGCUAAUUAAGAGAUCAUCUUAGUGUGUCAGAGCCAUGCCAUACAUCAGUUCAGAUGGUCAGGUCGGCAAGCGGCCCUUCAGCCUCUAUGGAAUAUUUUGGGCAAUUGUCAACUUCUUUUAUCUGUUCUACAUGACUCUGAUCAACGCGGACUACAACAAACAUGGCGAGAAGUACACGCGCGAGUACAGGAGCCCGGGCAGUGGGCCUCCACGCCCGCCCUCCCGUCGUUUCGGGGGCUUCAACUCCGGCUCAGGGCCCGCGCCACCGCCAGCCGGGGGCUGCGGCUGCGGCUAGCGGAGCCCUAACACCAAACAAAUGCUUAACUUGACGCCGACUUGCGACUGUCUACCAUUCACCGAUGCAGAUCAUAUUGAGUUCAUACCAAGACCUGUGCCUAGCUAUCAAUACAUCUUAGAUCAGCCACCAACAAAAAUACAAGUACUCGUUUUAGAUGAAAUGUCGAUUAAGUCACUUUUGGAGUUGAGAAAGAAAUUAACCAGUGCUAGUUAUGGGACGUUGCAAUGCUAUUUUUAUCGGGCGAAAUCGUUACGGCGUAAAAAUAGUCUUUUUGACUGUCGUGAUUUGUAAUUAUUGUCUAUUAUGCACUUUUAUCGUUAUUUUCAUCGAGCUCAAGAUAGGGCUAUAGAUUUUUGACAAGAUCUUGUAUCUGAUGUCAUUAGCCGGGUCCACACUGACCAAGCAGCCUCGCGAGGCUUCGCCCGAACCAAUUUGCUCGACAAGAUGGCGGCCCUCAGUCAGCUGUUCAAAAUAGGCUUCUCGAUCAGUGUAUAACCCAUCUAUUAAAGAAAAGGGCCUGUUGUGUGUUUAGCCUUAGCAUAGGUUAACUAUAGAAAUUUUGUGUCAUACAGUUGUACGUAGGCGUCAAGUUUGGGUCCCUUUUCGUUAGGACCGGUACAUUUAGUAUUUAGUACAUAUACAAUAAAUUAAUAGAAUCUUACUUCAAGCAAAAUAAUUAAACCAAGUUUUAUGAUGUGUCAUGGUUUAGUUAUUUUAAUUAUACAUAUAAUUGUUAAGGUGUAAAUAACAUAUAGAUGUUUUUAAAUGUUCUGAUAAUGUAUGGUAUAUAUCUAAUUGUACAAGUUAUUAUAACUAAUUUCACAUUUACAAGCUAUGUAACAGGAACCGUGGAAUUUGUAGUAAUCAAUUAGGCUUGUAUUAAAAAGAAACUAAUAUUUUCUAACUUACAUUCCGAACUCAAUGGGGUUAGGUCCAAAAAGUAGGUUUAAAGAUAUUUAUUUUCUCAAAAGAAUAUUAAAAUAUUCACUAACAUGAGACAUGCAUUUUAAUAAUAUUGUUUUGUUUUUGUGGCGAGCGUUCACUUAACAACUUAACUCAGUAGAUACUUACUAAACUUAAAUACUAACAAUCUUAAAAAUAACAACUAAACAUUAACAAUUAUCAUUCAUUAGUUUUUGUCGGGUAAACUACAAAUAAAGUAAAUUCCAACGUUCCCGAACGUGGUAGUGCGGGCCGAUGCGGCCGGCUCUUGGCAACUGAGAUAAUAUAAGGCCUACGU